AUGGCCUAUGCAAUGGAAUAUGGGUACCUUUCAAUCAUACAAUUGAUAACCUCUCUAAAUAGCAAUAUAUCAAUACACGAUAAUACUAUGACUAGAGUUAUUGGUGAGAAAGGUAAUUUCGAUAUUCUACAAUUCAUUUAUAAUAAUCGAACUGAAAGGUGUUUACCUGAUGUUAUCGAUACUGCUGCAAUCCGUGGUCAUGAAAAGAUUGUAAAGUUUCUUCAUCCAUUUAAUGAAAAAGGAUUCUCUAUCUAUGGAAUGUAUGGGUCUGUUGGUCAUAGCCUUGAAUUAGUAGAGUUUAUUGAUUUACAUAGGACCAUGGAAUGGGAUGAUGGUGCAAUGGAUAGAGCUGCGUCAUAUGGGAAUCUUGAUGUUGUAAAGUUCUUUCAUAAUCACAAAGAGGCCAAUAGAUGUAGUGAACUUGCAAUGGAUCUAGCUGCAAAAAACGGCCGUUAUGAUGUAGUGAAAUGGUUACAUUUCAAUCGAACAGAGGGAUGCACAACUGAUGCUAUGGACAGGGCGGCUACCUAUGACAUUGUUAAAUUCCUUCAUGAACAUCGUACUGAGGGAUGUACAAAAAAGGCUAUUCCUAGAGCUGUAAUGAUGGACAGAUUAGAUAUCAUUCAAUUCCUUCAUUUUAAUCGUACCGAAGGAUCCACCUCUUGUGCAUUGGAUCAAGCAGCAAUGAGAAAAAAUUUUCAAAUUGUCAAGUUUCUAGUUGAAAAUAGAACAGAAGAAUGUUCAGAUAGUAUCUAUGAGCAUAUAACGGGAAACAUUGAAAUGAUGAAAUUCAUUUAUCAUCAUUGUAAACCUAAAUGUACAAAAGAAGCUAUCAACAUUGCAGCACGGUUUGGACACUUGGAUGCUAUACAUUUCCUACACGAGCAUUAUAAUCAACCUUGGGAAUUCUGGACUCGUGCAAUGGAUAUGGCAGCAAUGAAAGGACAUCUUGAAAUUGUUAGAUUUCUACAUUUUAAUCGUACUGAAGGAUGCUCAAUUGAUGCUUUGAAUAAUGCUGCACAGAGUGGAAAUAUUGACCUUGUUAAAUUUUUACAUUAUAAUAGAACUGAAGGAUGUUCAAGGAAUGCUAUGGAUAUGGCAGCACAGGAUGGUCAUCUAGAAAUUGUUAAAUUUUUACAUUUGAAUCGUACUGAAGGAUGUACUCAUCAUGCAUUAGAAGUCCUUCAUUACGAUGUGGUUCAUUAUCUAUUGGUUCACAAGUGCCUUGAACCUAUCGAUUUUGAAAAACAUUAUGAUAACCUAUUAUUCAAUGGGUUUUACGAGAUUUUAGAACUUUUAAAACAAUAUCGAUAA